ACACAAUACAUUGCAAUGUUUUGCGCUUUUAUUUCGUUUGACUUGUACUGCAAAACUCAAUUCAAUUCACAUUUCAUUUGAUUUGAGUGUCAAUUGGUGUCAAUAUGUCAGCCAUUCUUCCGAAGCUAAGCGAUGGGUCUCUCUCGCAGAUGUUGGCCGACCAGCGGGUGGAUCGACCGGUGCUUCAGAUCCUUGUCUACAAACAGAUGACACAAUCAGAACCAAUCAAAUAUCGCUUCCAAAUGACUGACGGCACAGAAGUCUGCAGUAAUUUCAUUGUCAUUCUUCCGGAACUCAUUCAACGCAUAUCCAGAGGAGAAUUCGAGAAGUUCACAGUCGUUGAGCUCACGGCCUAUACCCUCAAUAUCAACAAACAGAUGGAAAGACAGAUAAUCAUAGUGUCGGACAUGUCUGUCGUGAUGUCUGGCUCGAAGAUCGGUCGCCGACUCGACAAAAGCGAGUCCAACGGCCCUCUCCUCACGAAUGUCAGUCUCAAUACAAACGCCAAUCGCAUCGAAGCCAAUGUGUCGGUCGUGACGACCACCCCGUCAUCGAUGGCCAGCAGAGCAGCCAAUCAGCAGAAUGUUUGUCCCAUAUCUGCGAUCACUCCGUACUUCAACGCGUGGCGGAUCAAAGCGCGGGUGACCUCGAAGUCCAACAAAAGGCAUUGGAGUAAUGCUAAGGGCGAGGGAUCUGUCUUCUCGUUUGACUGUAUGGACGACUCGACGGAGAUUCGCGUCAAUGCCUUCACCAAAGAGUGCGAAAAGUUUUACGAUAUGAUUGAAACCAAUAAAGUCUAUUACAUCACCAAAGGAACCGUUAAGACCGCCAACAAGAAGUUCUCGAAUCUGGUCAACGAUUACGAGAUUACUCUAAACAGUGACUCUUUGGUGGAGGAGUGCUCUGAGAUGGAAGUGAUGGAAGUGCCGAAAAUGCGCUAUCGAUUCGUGCAGAUCAAGGACUUGCCCGCAGUUGGCCUCCAGUCGUGUGUCGACUUGAUUGCUAUCGUCAAGAGUGUCGAGGAGUGCAAUGCCUUCACCUCUAAGAAGACCAACAAAGAGCUCAAGAAACGAGACAUCAUUUUAGUGGACAACACGUCAUAUGAGGUUCGGUUCACUCUCUGGAAUGAAGGCGCGGAACAGUUUGAUUGCGAACCCAAUCGCGUGAUUGCUGUGAAAAACGCUUUGGUCGGCGACUUCAAUGGUCGCACUCUGUCUGCCUUUGAUUGCGAACCCAAUCGCGUGAUUGCUGUGAAAAACGCUUUGGUCGGCGACUUCAAUGGUCGCACUCUGUCUGCCGUUUCCAACACUACCUUCCAAUUGGAUCCCGAUAUCCCUGAAACCAAUAUUCUUAAAGAGUGGUACGAAAGGGAGGGAAACAGCGUUACCACCAAUUCGUUGAGUAAAAGCGGUUCCGAAGGGAACAGAGACACUGAAUGGAAGUUUUUGUCGCAAAUCAACGAACAAACUGUUGGUAACGACAACCGAACCUAUUUCAACGUCAGGGCCAGAGUUGUACAGACGGGACGACAGCCUCUGUAUAAGGCUUGCGGUCAGAACGGGUGCCUCAAGAAGGUUAGGGACAAUAACAAUGGUUUCUAUCACUGCGACAAAUGCCAGACCGACUCAUCGCAGUUCGAGUGGAGACUCAUUCUGUCGGUGGCUAUAAGUGACUGCACGGGCGAGGGUUGGGUCACUAUAUUCCAAGAACAGGCGGAAAAGAUUUUAGGCAUUUCUGCCAAAGAGUUGAGUGAAUUGCAAGAGAAUAAUCCGCAGGAGUUCCUCAAAGCUUUGACGGUCGCGGAGUUCAAACAAUAUGUGUUCAGAAUUGGCUCCAAAAUAGAGCACUAUAUGGAUGAAAGUCGUGUCAAAUCCGUUGCCUUUAACUUCACUCCUGUCGAUGCCAUCAAACACUCCAAACAACUCAUUAAAAACAUCAAUGAGUGGACCAAUUGA